GGAUGAUAAUUGGCAAGAAAUUGACUGGGAGAUUAAAUGAAGAAAUGACCGGCUUACAAAAUCAGCUGGAAGAAUGGAGGAAUCAUUUGAAAGGUUUUAGCACAUACUAAGGAUAACAAAAGAAAGAAAAGUGCCCAAAGAUGAGGAAAGGAGCCCACUAGAGAUUUAGCAACAAAGAUCUUUAAAGACAAGGCUCAAUCUAGAUUGAAAAAGACUGCUGACAAGCGUUGUAGUAAUGGAACCUUGGAGCUUGCAGGUGGUCAUUAAUUGUUGAGUUCUGAGAAGGGAAAAGGCCAUAAAGAAAAUGGUGUGUUCUCAUUCAUGCCGCUUCUAGGUAUUCCAGUCAAGCUUUCUCAUUUCAGCUAUAUGUAAGUAUGGUUCUUUUUCUCGUUAUUAGUAAUCUUAUAGAACAACCGUUUCCAUUUUAAUUUCUUUAGCAACCCUAAUUGCAUCGGUUGAGUUGAUAGUAGUCACUAUAGAGCCACAGUUAUCUAUCCAUUAACGCUGCAUGGUGGGAUUAAGUUAAUCGGUUCUGAUGAUUGGACACUUGCAAGUUAAGAAAAGAAUCUCUGAUUAUUGCCAAAGGCUUGGGAGGAGCUUCUUCUUGAUUCUCUCUACCCAACUGAUGUUGUCAAUACCGUGAUCAAGGUAGGUGACUACAAGAUCCCAAAAUUCUCUGGCUCCGAUGAUACAUUCGGAAGGAUCCGUGGUUCACAGGGUGUCAAAGGCCUUUGUAAGUGUUUUGGCCCUGCCAUGGCUUGAAAUGUCCCAGCCAAUGCAGCAUGCUUCUUGGCGUAUGAAGUGACAAACCUGAUUUGUAAAAGGCAGCUAUCAUGAACGAAUUUGAAAAGCUGGUUAACAAGUGGCCUUUCGAAGCUACUAAGCAUCAAAAAGAGGAGGAUAGGAAAGUGGGCUUUUAAAAUGUUAAUUAUCUUUCUAAGAUCCAGGCUUUGAUAAUUUUUUUGUAGUGAUUUACUGUCUUUUGGCAGGUGAUUUAGUUUAUUGGUUUUGUCAUAGUGUGAUUUGAUAUGCAUAAAUGUUCUUUUAUGGC